GAUUGACAACUUUUUUGACGACCAUCUACAACACCCACCCCCUCCGGCACAACGACAGCAGAGAUGGCGCCACCAACUCAAAAGCCUAAAGGUGGCUCCUCAAAGCCAAAGAAGCCGAGUGCGAAAGCGAACCAGGCCGCCAAAGCCACCCUCAGAGGCGUCCAUGCCGGCAAAGCCCGCAAAAUCCGCACAUCGACCACCUUCCACAGACCCAAGACGCUCGUUCUCUCGCGAUCCCCCAAAUACCCGCGCAAGUCCAUCCCCCAUGAGACGAGACUCGACCACCACAAGGUGCUCGUUCACCCGUUGAAUACCGAGAGCGCGAUGAAGAAGAUCGAGGAGCACAACACGCUGGUAUUCAUCGUCGACACCAAGGCCAACAAGCGACAGAUCAAGGAGGCCCUGAAGAAGCUGUACGACGUGGAUACCGUUAAGAUCAACACCCUGAUCAGACCAGAUGGCACGAAGAAGGCAUUUGCGAGAUUAACAUCGGAUGUGGAUGCGCUGGAUAUUGCGGCUACGAAGUUGUCGAUCGUGUAAAGUGGGAGUUUGCACGGGGAGAGUGGGUUGUGAUGUGUGAUGGAUUGGCCGGGAAAUGAGGAGAGCCCGUCCAUUUGGCAUCUACGGAUUGCAUCGGUAUCAAGGGCAUGAUUCAGCCAAGGUCCCAAUCGACGCUCGAUAGAGAAUCUCGAGUUGUGAUUGACAAUCGGCGUCGCCAAAAUAGGAGCAGAAAUUCUUCAAUUGCUUUUCCGAGAUGAAAUUGCUUUCCGCUCCAUCAUGAAGCAUGGGAGGAUGUCGUUGUUACAAAUGAGCAAAAAGCCUGCCUGGCCGAGCUCAAUCCAAGCCAGCUGCCCGCCGGAGCAAUCCAAACGCAUUGUAGAGCCAUCUUUUCCUAACCGAUACCUUUCACAUCUCAUGCUAUUUCCCUGUUAUUC